AUGUUUGUCCCACCGCAAUCAUCUCCGGAAAUCCCGGGCUGUUCGCUGGCUUUCGGAGACGCGUACGAUUGGACGUCGAUAAGAGUUGCUCUUGAAGCGACCCUUGCUUGGGUUAUUGCCUAUGAAUCUGGCAACUUCUGCCAAUGCAGACAGCCCAGGCGCGGCAAGGGGGAGUUGGUCACCGAGCUCAUGAUGGCGCCCGGGAACAGCAGGGUAAACGAGUCUGUUGAUGAUGAUGGCGAGUUUGAUGUCGUGGACUCUGAGGAUGAGGGGGUUGAUGUAGUCACUGCUGCUCCUGCCGUCUUCACUCUUCCCACUGUCACCGCUGCACCCACCGUCGUCCCUCCUCCCACUGUCACUGCUCCUCCUGCUGUCAUCCCUCCUUCCACUGUCGCCACACCGGCGACUGCUGCACCCUUGAAUGCUGUCAUGGCGGCUGGUCCCGCCGCUGUCGUUCCCACGGUUGUUCCUCCUGCUGGUCCCGCUGCUCUGGCAGUCGUUGCUCCUGCAAUUGCUCCUCUUGCCGGUCCGGCCGGUCCUGCCGUUGCUAUCCCUGCUGGCUUAGGUGGCCCAGCAGUUCCUGGAGGUGGUGUGGGAGUAGUGCCGAUCGUCGCCGCUGUCAUUGGUGCGGGAGACUUUGAGAUACCUCCUGGCUUUGCCGCUGCACCAGGAAUCGAGCUUCCGCAGCCUGCCCACCCUAACGACACUGGUCCAUUCUAUUGCAUUACCCGUGGACGUAUAGUGGGAGUGUACACUGACUGGAGCCUUGUGGCUGCAUACGUUCAUGGCAUCUCCGGUGCCUUCUGCAAGAGGCACGGGUCGUACGCUGCCGCCAUCAAUGCAUUCAAUGCUGUGCUUGCCCAAAACACCGUGCAGGUGCUCUGA